UGCCACUUCCAAAAACCAUCACAUUUUGCUUGUCAAAUGAAUUUCCAAGUUUCUUUAUUUUCUUAUUCAAUGCAUAUUUCCGAAAGUUUCAAGCUUUCACCUUCAUUGGUUGACAAAAACCAAAUUUCUCAAAGACCUUUUUGAAUAUUUCCAGACUCGGAGAAGCAACUGGCAUAUAUGGCUGGUCACAGAUUGUAGCACCAUAUUUUCCUUUGGGUUUCAAAUAUUGGAGGCCCUUUGGGUUCUAAAUAUUGGAGGCCAGAUAUGUCUAUACAACAUGAAAAUUCUGAGACAAAAAACGUAAUAUGUCCACAAAAAAGACUAGAAAAUCUUAUGCAUCAUGCUGGAAACAAGUUCUGCGCUGAUUGUGGAACAACAGAGCCAAGAUGGGUGUCUUCAAGUUUUGGAGUAUUUAUAUGCAUCAAGUGUUCUGGCAUACAUAGAAGUCUAGGAGUCCACAUAUCAAAGGUUCUAUCACUGAAGCUAGAUGAAUGGACGGACGAACAAGUUGAUGCAUUAGCAAAGUUGGGUGGAAAUACAUUAUUAAAUAAGAAGUACGAAGCUUGCCUCCCAAGUAACAUAAGAAAACCAAAACCACAUUCAUCCAUUGAGGAGCGCUCUGAAUUUAUUCGGAGAAAAUAUGAGAUGCAACAAUUUAUCGGGUAUGAUGACGGUUUAUCAUGCCCCAUUGUCCCAUCUCAAGGAAGAAGCAUAUCACUUGCUCUUGCUCAAAGUAGCACUUCAUACUACAAUUCUUUUAUGGACAACAAACCAUCUGAAAAACACCAAAGCAAACAUCGUAUUGGAAACACAUUCCGAAACAGCUGGGGAAGAAAAGAUUCUGAGCACAAGUCUGCAAAGAAAAGUACCUCUUUGGCAGGUAUGGUUGAAUUUGUUGGGUUGAUUAAGGUUAAUGUGGUUAAAGGCACUCACCUAGCCAUUCGAGAUGUAAUGACUAGUGACCCUUAUGUCAUCCUUUCUUUGGGUCACCAAUCAGUAAAAACACGUGUCAUAAAGAGCAAUUUGAAUCCGGUCUGGAAUGAAAGCCUAAUGCUAUCAAUUCCAGAGAACAUUCCUCCUCUAAAAGUGCUUGUGUAUGACAAAGAUACAUUUUCAACUGAUGAUUUUAUGGGGGAGGCUGGAAUAGACAUUCAACCUCUAGUUAUUGCCGCAAAGGCCUACGAGAAAUUGAAUAUCAAUGAGUCCAUGCAGCUUGGAAAAUUUGUAGCAAGCAAGGACAACACCCUUGUUAGGGAUGGUAUCAUAUCUCUUGAUGAAGGGAAGAUCAAACAGGAAAUCUCAUUGAGGCUACAGAAUAUUGAGAGGGGUGAGCUGGAGCUUGAGCUUGAGUGUGUUCCCCUUACUCAAUAGUUGGAUAGAUGUUAAGGAUCAGAACUUAGCUAAAACCACAUUUUGGAGCACAAAUCAUAAGAAUUUGUAUGUGUAGAUAGUCCUAUCUCAUUCUCUCUUGUACAUUAUUCCAUGACUUGAUGGGAUUACUUCACUAUCCAAGUUCCUAACUAUUUUCAUGCGUACUAGUAUCUUAAGAAUCUCAUGGUGAAUAAUAUCCUAAGAAUUUGGUCUUUAAUCGAGUCCAAUGAUGUCGUGUGAUCCUUUGUUGAAUGUGUAUCAACACUUGUCUAUUAGAUUGUUAUUCUCUACUAAUUGUUUGACCAAGUCUUUAGGAUUAGUUGUUUUAUUUUCUAUUACUUAGUAGUUGUUAUGUUAGUGGUUUGUUAUUAUUAUGUUAGUGGUUAGUUAUUAUUUAGAAAGUCAGCUAUUA